CUCCUUCUGGACUGACAUCCACAGACUGAUGCUCUCGGACAGCUCCCCCUCCCCAACCUCUCCAUCAGCAUUUUCCCUCCCAGACUCCUCAUCCUUCUGAGCAGAAAGACUGCUCCGCUGAGCCAAAGCAAUGCAUUCUCUUGGGAGCUGGAAGCAAACGGCUCUUGAGGAAAAGGUGAUGCCAGGCACCAUUUGUAGCUGUAAAUCCAGAUUGGAUGGUGCUGGUUCUCCCACUGUCUUUGCGAUCUUUGACCCUCUACAAGCAGGCCAGACCUUCAGGCAAAGUACCCUUCAAACGUAGCGUUAAAGCAGUAGGAGGAGCAAGUGUAAGAAUUAAAGGUAAAUAAUCAGAGGCUCUGGGAGGAGGAGCUCUCAGUAUCACCCUGUGGGUGAUGGCGCAGGUGGAGUGUGGGUCUGGGAAUUGCGGGGGAAGGAUGGGGGAGAGGCCGGGGAGGAGUUGAGGGCAGAAGAGGGCAUCUUUGCGUGAUGAGUGGGGGACCUAUGUGGGAGGAGCAGUGAGAGUCUUUAAGUGCUGGCCCGGCUGUGAUUGGAGGAAAGAGCUCAAACAUCCUGGGGGAUGGACAGGGCGGGACUCUCAGGACCGAAGGAGGGGUUUGGGGAAAGCCGGAAGUCUCGGAGCUGCGCUCUCUCCGCCUGCAGCUCGGCUGUCUUCCUUCCUGGGCAACUCCGAACGCUUUGUCUUCUGGAAACCAGAACCGAGCGUGCAUCUCCCAGAGGGAGCCUGGAGCCAGAGGGAAUGGGCCCUGGGAGCCUCAGACCUCCUCAGGAGUGGGUGACAUUCAGGGAUGUGGCUGUGGACUUUACCCAGGAGGAGUGGGGCCUCUUGGACCCUCCUCAGAAGGAGCUGUACAGGGGGGUCAUGCUGGAGAAUGCCUGGAACCUGCUGUCCCUGGGACUUCCAGUUCCCAGAGAAGAUGUGAUCUCUUAUUUUGAGCAAAGGGAAGUACCCUGGAUGCUGCACCCAGAAGGCCUGAGUCGCUGCCCUCCAGGUGAGUAAGGAGAAAGCAGUUGUGGUUACAAAAAGCCUUCAGGAGUUACCAUGAAAUAAAAACUUGGUUUGGGGGAAGAAAGCCCAGUCUUAGAAUCCUUCAAAUAUGUUUUUGUCCGGUGGCUUCCUGGAUCAGUCACUGAAUCUCAGUUUCCCAUCUAUAAAAUGAGUGCUUGCACUCCAUGGCCUUGUGGGUCCCAACUCCCAAUGAUCAUCUGUGAUCUUAUUGGAAUCUUGGGCAGUGGAAUUCUCCUGAAAGUGCCAAAAGGGCUCAGGAUGUCCGAGGUGAGCCAUUUCUUAGGACUUCCAAUCAGCAAACAUCGUGGGGCUGCUCUAUGCAGGGCCCUGGACCAAGCACCAGGAACAAAAAGAGAUGCAAGGGACAUCUGCUGUCAUAGAGGUCACAGACUGGUGGGGCAGACAGUUAUACCAGCAACUCUGUAGAAACCCACUGUGGACCAGGAAAAUUGUUUAAAUUUAGUGCCUUAGGAGGUCGCUAAUUAGUGAGGAUAACAGUGAUUUAAGGAGAGCACAACUGGGGAGGAAAUAGUCAACAUGAAAUAAAAUAGUGAGCACCUAUUUAUAUGGCAUAUAUAUAAUUUAUUUAUGUUUAUUUUCAUAUGGCCAUUUAUAUGGCCCUACUGUGUGUCAUGCACUGUAUAAAUAUUGUCUCAUCAUAUCUUCAUGAGAUUGCUGACUAGCAAGUUUCUAAGAUGGUGUGAAAACUUAGGUCUUACACAUUCCAGACCCCAUCCACAAUUUUUUCACUGUCCCCCCAGCUCUAUUUUGAUUCUGAAACAGAUAUGAUGAAAAUGGUCACACGUGGAAAACAGAAGAAUUAGACAAAUCUCAUUGAGAGCUGGAAUUUCAUUUUUAAA